AUGCGAUUGCUCACAUGCGUGCUCGCGACGGCUGCCGCCUGGGACUCGCUCGAGUGGCUCGGCGGCGGCUUCCGAGGGCCGUCCUGCGCCGACAAGCGCUGGGUCGCGCUCUUCAACGAGACGCAGACGCGCAUGCUCGCCGGCGUCAUCGGUCCGCGCUUCGUCGUCGUGACGCCGCACAGCAAGGCGGGCCUCGGCAACCGCCUGCGGGCCGUGCGCGCGGGGCUCGCGCUGGCGGCUCUGACGAAGCGGUGCCUCGUGCUCGACUACUCGAGCCUCGACCCCGAGAACCGCGGCCGCCGCGCGGGAGAGUCGCGGUGGCUCGACGGCACGGAGCUCGACGUGCUCGCGCCGAACCUCGUGCGCUGGGACGCGGCGCGAACCCUCUACGAGGCGACGGCGAAGGUGCGGGGACGGGACGCCUGGACGCUGCCCAUGAACGGCAAGGGCCUCGACGGCGGGAAGCUGCUCGCGUACAACGGCCUCGCGAUGGUCGUCGCGGCCUGGAACCACGACCCGACGGCGAAGCUGCUGCGCGCGCCGGCGGUCCGGAGCGCCGCGGCGGCCGCGGGACUGGCGGACGACGACGGGGCGUCGCGCGGCUGCGCGCUCCGCGCGCUCUUCGCGCCGACGCCGGCGCUCGCGGCCGCGCUCGCGGCCGCGCGGGCGUCGCUGGGGCCCGGCGCGACCCUCGACGCCGCGGUGCACCUGCGCACGAACAUCGAGUACGACCGGGGCUGGGGCCGCAUGACCUGCCGCGACGUCGGCUGCUGGACGGACGUCGCCGCGGUCUUCUCGCGCUGCGCGCGCGCGCUCGCGCGCACCGCGACGACGCUCCUCGUCGCCGCCGACGACGACGGCCUCGUCGACGCGGCGCGCGCGCGCGCGCGCGCCGACUUCGGGGCCGCCGUCGCGCUGCCGGGCCGCGUCCGCCACCACAGCGGCAUCUCGCGGGCGGAGAAGCAGCUCGCGCUCGAGGCGAGCCAGAGCCACGUCCUCGGCCACGGCGACGUGCUCGGCCCGCUGCUCGACAUGCUGCUCAUCGCGUCGGCGGACGCCUUCGUGGGCACGGCGGGCUCGUCCUUUUCGGAGCAGGCGCGCGACUGGGGCGGCUUCGGCGGCGACCGGAAGGCCGUCCUCUUCACGACGCCCUACGUCAAGAGCUACCAGGGCGACGCGGACAGCGCGCCCCUGCCGGCGACGCCGGCGGAGGCCGAACUUGCCUGUCGUAAGGUGACCUGA